AUGUCGGUCUACACCAAGUUCGCCAUCAUCGGAGCCGGCGGCGUCGGCGGCGACAUCGUGGACGAGCUGCUCAACAAGGGCGACACCUCCAAGCCGGAGCUGCAGGCGUUCAAGGCCCGCGGCGCCACGCUCCUCCAGGUCUCGUACGACGACCACGAGUCCAUCAAGCGCGCGCUGGGCGGCAGCGAGGUGGCCGUGAGCGCCCUGUCGGGCUUCCAGAUGCACGUGCAGAAGGCCAUCGUGCCCGCGGCCAAGGAGGCCGGCUACGGCGUGCCCGUGGCCGAGGGCCCUAACGCCGUCAAGAAGGAGGUACAGGACGCGCUCAAGCAGCACGACCUGCCCUUCGCCACCUUCAACUCGGGCGUCUUCGCCGAGUUCCUGGCCAUGUACUUCGGCUACCACUACGCCGAGGGCUACAUGACGGUGGUCCGCAAGGGCGAGACGCCCUUCAGCAUCACGGCGCGCAGGGACUUGGCUCGCUUCGCGGCGCACGUGCUGUCGACGACGCCCAAGUCGGAGCUGGCGGGCGCGCGCUUCCGCUUCGAGGCCGACCGCCUCUCGCCCAUGCAGAUCCGCGCCCUCGCCGAGAAGAAGCUCAACAAGAAGAUCGAGGUGCGCUACGUCGACUUCGAGGAGAACAAGAAGAAGUUCGACACGGACUUCAUGGCCUUCCUCACGACCAUCUUCGAGGACGGCCGCGGCGCCGUGGGCACGCAGGAGGAGGUGGCGGCCACGGCGGCCAAGUACUUCCCGGACUGGAACCCGGCCAAGUACGAGACCUUCAUCCAGUAA